AUGCAGCUUGCACAGACAGCAAAACGUAUCGGGCAAGAAGCAAAAGAGGUAGUCCAAGAAGAGUCCGAUCAAAUCCGUAAACAGAUAGCAAAUAUGCAAUGGUACCAAAAUGAGGAAUCCGAACUCAUCUCUGUCAGCAGCAAGAACGAAGUCGGUAUACUGGCACAAGAAUUCAACGAAAUGUACCGCAAUCUGAAGAUCGCCGUUGAGAAACUCAUCAGUGCAGAACAACAGAUGACAACAAUCGUUGAUUGUCUCAGUGAAGGACUCAUUGUCGUUGAUACGCAAGACCAGAUCCUUUAUUUUAACCCAGCUGCGAGGCAUCUGCUAAACCAUGACGAGACCUCAGAGUUCCCGAAUCGUCUGACCGAAUUGCUACGCGCCACCAAUCUAACUGUGUUGGCGGAUGCACAUGGGCAAGAUGCACGCACAAACGUCGAAGUUAACUUAGAUCAAGAGGGAGAAAAUCGUGUUCUCCGUGUAGUGACAAGUCAAUUUAUGUCGAUUAGCGUGCCAGUCAAUGGAAAUGGUCUAUCUGAUGAAAAUGCCGAUAUAGCGGGAACGGUAUACGUCUUUAACGAUAUAACGCGUGAACAUGAAAUUGACAAAAUGAAGUCCGAUUUUGUGGCACUUGUAUCACACGAAUUGCGCACACCACUGACUUCAAUCAUUGGAUUUAUAACGCUGAUACUUGAUGGGAAAACAGGACCCCUUAACAAAGUUCAGCAACAAAGCUUGACACGCGCACACCGCCAGUCUAAACGACUCGCAAUGAUGAUUAAUGAUUUGCUUGAUAUUUCACGUAUUGAAGCAGGACGCAUUGUGAUGAAACUUGAACCGGUAGACGUUGCUGAAAUCGCCAAGCAACGGCUUGAGGAACUCAAACCGCAAGCUGACGAGAAGACAAUUGAGUUGAACUUGAACGUUCAAUCCGAUUUGCCCGAUCUAAACGGGGACGCGGAAUACCUCGGUCAGAUUUUCACCAAUCUUAUUGGAAACGCAAUAAAAUUCACACCAUCAGACGGUGAAGUAAAGGUUAAAGUAUUCCGCAAGGGUUAUCCGAGAGAAGAGGAUCGCACGGGUGAUGCAAACGAAAACGAUGGGAUUCAUGUUGAGGUGAUUGACUCGGGACCUGGCAUCCCUGCUGAGGACCGAGAAAAUGUUUUCGACAAGUUCCGACAACUUAGCAAUAUUCAAACUCGGGAACAGGGCGGCACCGGUUUAGGGCUUUCAAUCGCACGAGGAUUCAUUGAAGCGCAUAAAGGGAAAAUAUGGGUAGAUGCAGGAGAAAAUGAAAAAGGUUGCAACUUUCAAUUCUGGAUUCGGUUUUUAUCAUAA